AUGGAGGGGCCUGAAUGGGAGUCGCUGGAGCAGUGCUUGGAGAAGCACCUGCCACCCGCAGACUUGAGGGAGGUGAAACGCAUUCUCUAUGGCAAGGAAACCAGGAAGCUCGAUCUGCCCGGCAGGGCUUUUGAAGCCGCCUCUGAAGGGGACUUUGAGCUGCAAGGAUAUGCCUUUGAGGCAGCAAAGGAGCAACUGAGGCCACCUCGGACCAUGCGUGUGGGACUUGUUCAGAACAGAACUCCCCUGCCUGCCGAUGCCCCUGUGGCAAAACAGGUGCAACCUCUUUUGACCAUAAAUACAUAAACGGAGCUGUGGCUUGCUCUGUGUUUUGAACACGUCCACACUAUGCCCUUUGCUUUCUGUACGAGAGAGAAGCUCCCUUGGACGGAAUUUGCUGAGUCAGCAGAGGAUGGACCCACCACCAGAUUCUGUCAGAAGCUGGCAAAGAAGCAUGACAUGGUGGUGGUAUCCCCCAUCCUGGAACGAGACAGAGAGCAUGGGGACAUUUUGUGGAACACAGCUGUGGUGAUCUCCAAUUCUGGAGCUGUCCUGGGAAAGACCAGGAAAAACCACAUCCCGAGAGUGGGUGACUUCAAUGAGUCAACUUACUACAUGGAGGGAAACCUCGGACACCCCGUGUUCCAGACUCAGUUCGGGAGGAUUGCGGUGAACAUUUGCUAUGGGCGGCACCACCCUCUCAACUGGCUCAUGUACAGCAUCAACGGGGCUGAGAUCAUCUUCAACCCCUCAGCCACCAUCGGAGCACUCAGUGAGUCCCUGUGGCCAAUUGAGGCCAGAAACGCAGCCAUUGCAAAUCACUGCUUCACCUGUGCUAUCAACCGCGUGGGCCAGGAGCACUUCCCGAAUGAGUUUACCUCUGGAGAUGGGAAGAAAGCUCACCAGGACUUCGGCUACUUUUAUGGCUCGAGCUACGUGGCAGGCCCGGACAGCAGCCGCACCCCUGGUCUCUCCCGCAAUCGGGACGGGCUGCUGGUUGCCGAGCUUGACCUGAACCUCUGCCGGCAGGUGAAUGACAUCUGGAACUUCAAGAUGACGGGCAGAUAUGAGAUGUACGCUCGGGAACUUGCCGAAGCCAUCAAACCCAACUACAGCCCCAAUAUUGUGAAAGAGUAGCUGGAUGUCAGUCCCUGCCUACCAAGGAGGGGACCUCUGCCCCUAGCAGCUCAUCAAGUACAGCAGGCUUUUACACUUUCAAGUUCUCCCUCAUGAUGCCCUGAUAACAUUGCUGUACAGAUUGGUUUUAAAAUGCCCAGGCAGGGAGGGUAGAUUGAAGAGUGACUGCUUAAUGAAUAUGAGGUUUCCUUCCUGGGUGAUGAAAUGUUUUGGGGCUACACAGAGGUGAUGGUUACACCUCUAAUGUACUAAAUGUACAUGAAUGUACUAAAUGCCAUUGAAUUGUAUACUUUAAAAUGGCUAAUUCUGUGUUAUAUGAAUUUUACCUAAUUUUAAAAAAUCCCAGGCACUGCUUGUGCAGGUUGACUUGCAUUUAAACACAUGGGAUGCCCCAGUCCUGAGGUUCCUCACCUCCUCUGUUUAGACUGUCAGCAACCUGAGGGUAAGGGUGGGAGUGUAUGUCCAAGGGAAAAGCCGAGGCUGAUCCAGAGUCCUUGAAUUACUGGGUGGUUGUGGGCAGGGGAGACGG